UUUUGGAAACACCGUCGUGGGCAAGAUGUGUUUCAAAAAGUUUGCCGCUCACAAAUAGAAGUCGGUUCGGUCAUCGAAGUGGAAAUUUCUAUGUUGCUUAAAUCUGUGUACAGACACCUAACAGCUCGAAUGAAAGCUAGAGAACCAUGGACAGUAACUUUUACGAGGGACAUGCCCGAAGAAAUUUUUCUAUCCAUUAUGGAAGUGGUAAAGAAGGCUCCCUCUGCCUUUGGCGUAAUACAUACAACAACAAAUGUGGCAUAUCAGCUUUCUUACUCUAAGGUGACCAGACUUUUGAGAGAUUUUUCAAAGUUGUGCCACACUUCCCAAGAAGAUGUCAUGUCUUACCUCUGCAAGCAAACUAAAGCGCCCAGGAAAGGAAACACCAAGGUUACAGUCAAGCUGGAUAAGCCUUUUGUACUGACAUAUAUGAAGCGGAAACAACAUCCGAUAGUGAAGUGCCACUACAUUUUCACAAAUGAACACGGUUAUUCAUUUCAAACUUGA